UAUUACAACAACAACAUCUCAAGAAGGACAUCAUACAUUAUUAGAUAAAAAAAGGCCAACAAAAGAAUAUACUACUAAAGUAUAUACUUUGAAUAAUAAUUAUAAAAAACGUUUGAUUAAUUCUAAACCUACAAUUAUAGAAGAUAAAAUAUUAAAAGGUAUUGAACAAUUACCGAUGAAUACUUGGAAAAAACAAAAAUUACAAAUUUCAAAUAAUAAACAGGAUGGUUCUGUUUUGGAAGAAAACAAUAAAUAUACAAAUUUGAACAGUUUCUACGAAUCAAAGAAACAAAGUAAUUACGUUCAAAUGAAUUAUUUGAAAUUAUCAAAAAGCUCUUUAAAUUCUCAAAGUAGAAAAUGUACAAGUGAUUUUACCAAAGAACCUGAUUACAUUAUGCAACUUAAUACAUUAAAAAAUACUAUAUUAAAUCGACGUGAAAAAGUAUUAAAUGCAGCACAAAAUUUAUUGAUGCUUAGCUCCUAUCUUCAAGAUCUUUGCAAUUCUUUAUCAGAAAGAAAAGUUGUUAAUCCAGACGUAGAAGAUACAACAAAAACAAAAAGAAAAGAACAAGAAAAAGAAAAAGAAAAUACUAAUUUAAAUAUAAAUAAAAAGGUGGAUAAAAGUACUAGUCCAAUUUUAUUUUCUGAGAACAAUCCUGUUGUAAGAAAUAAUCUUACUGAAAUGAAAACUACUAAAACAAAUAGUCGGGACAUGUAUACUUACAAUCCAUAUCGUAACAACAAAUAAUUGACAGAAAAACAUGUAAAA